AUGGAGAAUAUGAUGAGCAAGCUUCGGAAUUUGGACGCCUACCCCAAAAUCAAUGAAGAUUUCUACAGUCGCACGCUCUCUGGUGGCGUCAUCACUCUCGCCUCCUCCAUUGUCAUGCUCUUGCUCUUCCUCUCCGAGCUUCGGUUAUAUCUUCAUGCGGUAACGGAAACAAGGCUUGUGGUAGAUACUUCAAGAGGAGAAACACUACGUAUCAAUUUUGAUGUAACCUUUUCUGCCCUUCCUUGUUCUAUACUAAGUCUUGAUGCCAUGGAUAUCAGUGGCGAGCAGCAUUUGGAUGUAAAGCAUGACAUAAUUAAAAAAAGAUUAGACUCCCAUGGAAAUGUUAUAGAAUCAAGGCCAGAUGGAAUUGGUGCACCCAAGAUUGAGAAGCCCUUACAGAGACAUGGUGGCAGGCUUGAGCACAACGAGACAUACUGUGGUUCCUGUUAUGGUGCAGAAGCGGCUGAUGAGGAUUGUUGUAAUUCCUGUGAAGACGUCCGUGAAGCUUACCGAAAGAAAGGUUGGGCAAUUUCAAAUCCAGAUGUGAUUGAUCAGUGCAAAAGAGAAGGUUUUUUGCAAAGAAUUAAAGAUGAAGAAGGUGAAGGAUGCAAUAUAUAUGGAUUCUUAGAAGUCAACAAGGUAGCUGGGAACUUCCAUUUUGCACCUGGGAAAAGCUUUCAACAAUCAAAUGUUCAUGUGCAUGAUCUGCUGGCAUUUCAAAAGGAUAGUUUCAAUAUUAGUCACACGAUCAACAGAUUGUCUUUUGGAGACUAUUUCCCUGGUGUUGUAAAUCCUCUUGAUGGCGUGCACUGGGCACAAGCAACACCAAGUGGAAUGUAUCAAUAUUUUAUCAAGGUUGUACCUACUGUGUAUACAGACGUGAGUGGACACACUAUCCAAUCAAAUCAGUUCUCUGUGACUGAACAUUUUAGGGGUACAGAAGUAGGCAACCUUCAGUACCUUCCUGGAGUUUUUUUCUUCUAUGAUCUUUCUCCAAUAAAGGUAACUUUCACAGAGGAGCAUAUUUCAUUCUUGCACUUCCUGACAAACGUUUGUGCCAUAGUAGGAGCUGCUGCUCUAUUUGUUGGUCUGCCAGUCAAUGGCUUUGGGGACAAAAUCAAAUCUAGGGAUGAGGAAGCAUGUAAUGCGCUCAUCAUAUGGGUUGGGCAGGGCAUCGUUUAA